ACCGCUCCAAGUCAACAUGUUUAAAGUCCACGUUCUUUUUAUUUCGUUCAAUUGAUCUGCAGCCUUUGCCAGAUAUCAUCAAAGACAGUGUACACAUGUUCUAUACCCUAUCCCGAGGUCGACAACCGUAAUCAGCACGUGAUCCCCCAGCAUCUACAAACUGGAACUAGGAAUUCUCCGACCGCUCGAUGGUUUCCAAAUACAUCUAUCCGCUCUUUGGUGUGGAAAAAAAAAUCGAGACCCCAUCACCUGGCCUCGCUGACCAGAAAAUAACGUCAUCGCACCCACCGCAUAGCACCGCGCACAUCCGCGCACCUCCCACGCACGCGUUCCCCACCCCCUAACCGCCAGCCAUGCCGGGAUCGUCCCUUUGGCUCCUCCCGCCGCGCGGACACCCCCUUGAGGCCGCACUGUCUAAGCUGAUCGCGCAGACAGCCGCGCAAUUUGGGUCCCCACAUACCUUCCUCCCGCAUGUCACGCUCACCUCGGAUAUAGCUGCGGAUGUGUACGCACCCAACCCCAAAGCCUGGCUCGACGCCCUCCUACUCCCCCCUGCCUCCCAAACCCACGUCUCCCUCGGCCCCCUCGCCAGCGACCCCGUCUACGUCCGAAAACUCUACUCCCGCGUGUCUAAGCCUGGUGUUGCCCUCCUAACCCACGCCACUCGCUUUGUUGUCCAGCCCAACCCCUGGGAUUUAGAGAAUUGGCUAGAGGAGAAGUGGGUCCCGCAUUUGAGUCUGCUGUAUCAUGACUGUCCCGUAGUGGAGAAGGAGAAGUUAAGAGAAGUGGAGGCGUGGGUUGGGGUAGAGGGUGUGAAGUUGCAUGAAGGGAGAGGUGGGGAGGGAGAGGGAGAGGGAGAGAUGGGUGGAUGGACAGGGGGUAGGGUAGUGCUAGUCGAUACGAGUAGGCCGAUUGGGGAGUGGGUGCCUAUCGCGGAGCGCGUGUUAUGAGGGGUAAGAGGUGAGAAGUGAUCGAGAUAAAUUCGGGUGUGUGUGGAUGGAUAUGUGGGGAGGCUGUGCCUCGCGGAUGCGUAUUGCGAUGCAGAGAAUCGAGCGUGAGCGAGGAACUUGGCACAUCACGGUAGGAAGCGGUGAGCAUGAAUGUGGCUGGAGUUGACACAACGUAUUCGAUGAUGUGGUAACUAUGUUAUGGGCAAGCAACUAAGCGACGAAUUCGAUGUCCACGUGCGUUCGCCAACUCUGGUGGGCGCCGCUGUUUAUAUGCAUUCCAAC